GGAGAGGCAUGAUGUGCUGGAGACCGCUCCGCCCUCAUGCGUGUUGUAGUGUGUGUGUCGACGGAACCUAUGGAGUCCUCCCCCUUGCUGAUAUAUAAAGGUUCGAUUAGCUCUGCUCGUAUUCAUGGUCCAUUACUCUCUCGGGAAAGUUGCCAAACCUGCUCCAACUACAGACGGUGGGGAUCGGGGAUUCUACAAGCCAUUAAAAAAGGCAGUUACCGAUGCCAGGGUAGGAGAAAAGUUAGCCAAAAUAAUUAAUCCACGUAAGGGCCAAACAACUGUUCACGGACUGCUUACUGCUGGAGCUACCUCUGGCGCAUUGCUAGUCCAUAGGAUGAGUCUCAAGGAAACAGGUGGGAAAUCGGUUUCUGAACUUAGGGAAUCGAUUGGGAAAGCAGAUUCAGACAUGAAGGACAUUGCGAAUGAAGAAAAGGACAAGGCAAAUGAAGAAAAGGGCAAUGCGAAUGAAGAAAAGAACAAGGCGAAUGAAGAAAAGGACAAGACGAAGGAAGAAAAGGACAAAAAUCAAAACAAAAACAUGUAGCGUAAUAUAGU